UAACUUAUCCGCCCAAAGUUACCGCCAAGUCGCAGGCGUUAUCUCCAUCUUCAUCAUCGAACACUGUCCACCACCACUCAGCCACGCCUCACUUCACCCUUCCAAACCACAAUGAACACCCAAUUUGAGAUUCAUUCGCGCCUCCGCUUGCUUUCUCAGGCUCCAGGACCUCCGUUUUGCCGCCGUGACUUGCUUAUCUCCACCCACUUCAGGCCUCUUCUCCGCCGUCGCUCAUUCUCCUUCCUCCGCCUCAGACUCUCCAAUUGUGUCAGCAAAACCAAUGGUACUAUAAGCUGCGUUAAAGUGGAGGAUGAUGAGCAGAAGGAAAAUGAAGAGCAACAAGUGAGGCGAGCUUACCCCUUUCACGAAAUCGAGCCCAAGUGGCAGAAAUUUUGGGAGGAGAACAAGACAUUCCGGACCCCCGAUGAAAUUGACACUUCCAAACCCAAGUAUUAUGUUCUCGACAUGUUCCCAUAUCCAAGUGGAGCAGGUUUGCAUGUUGGCCACCCUCUUGGAUACACUGCUACAGAUAUCCUUGCUAGAUUUAAGCGUAUGCAAGGUUACAAUGUUUUGCACCCAAUGGGAUGGGAUGCCUUUGGCUUACCUGCAGAGCAAUAUGCAAUAGAGACAGGCACACACCCAAGAAUCACAACAAUUAGAAAUAUAAACCGCUUCCGGUUACAGCUCAAAUCAUUAGGCUUCUCAUAUGAUUGGGACCGUGAAAUUAGUACAACUGAACCUGAAUACUAUAGAUGGACGCAGUGGAUAUUUAUUCAAUUAUUGAAACGCGGGCUAGCAUAUCAGGCUGAAGUUCCUGUAAAUUGGUGUCCUGCCCUCGGUACUGUCUUGGCAAAUGAAGAGGUAAUUGAUGGAGUAAGUGAACGUGGAGGGCAUCCUGUCAUUAGAAAGCCUAUGCGGCAAUGGAUGUUGAAAAUUACUGCAUAUGCCGAUCGCCUUCUUGAAGAUUUAGAUGACCUUGAUUGGCCUGAAAGUAUUAAGGAAAUGCAGAGAAACUGGAUAGGGAGGUCUGAGGGAGCGGAGAUGGAAUUUUGUGUUUUAGAUGGUGAUGGUCAAGAUAGAGAUUUGAAAAUUACUGUUUACACAACACGGCCUGAUACUAUUUUUGGGGCAAACUAUUUAGUCCUUGCACCUGAGCAUACUCUAAUGUCGUCAAUUGUAUCAGAAUCCGAAAAACAAAAUGUGGAGGCGUACACGGAGCUUGCCUCAAGAAAGAGUGACCUUGAGAGGACUGAGCUUCAAAAGGAAAAAACAGGAGUAUUUACUGGUUGCUAUGCAAGAAAUCCAGCUAAUGGGAAAGCUAUUCCAAUUUGGGUUGCUGACUACGUCUUGGGAAGCUAUGGAACUGGAGCAAUAAUGGCUGUGCCUGCUCAUGAUACACGCGACCAUGAGUUUGCACAGAAGUAUAAUAUUCCAAUUUCAUUGGUUAUCAUGCCCGUUGAUGAUACUCUCAGAAAUCUUGAGAAAGCUUAUAUAGGUGAAGGAACACUGAUCAAUUCAUCGAGUUCAUUGACAGGGCUUGACAUUAAUGGCUUGCCUAGCAAAACAGCAGCUUCUAGAGUCAUUGAGUGGCUUGAAAAAAGUAGGUGUGGAAAGAAACAGGUAAAUUACAAGCUCAGAGACUGGCUUUUUGCCCGACAACGUUAUUGGGGAGAGCCUAUUCCUGUUAUGUUUUUGGAUGAAACUGGAGAAUGUGUUCCAGUUCCCGACACUGAACUUCCCCUUAUCCUUCCUGAGCUGGAUGAUUUUACUCCCACAGGGACAGGAGAACCUCCGCUUUCUAAAGCGGCAUCGUGGGUUGAAACUAAAGAUCAUCUGUCUGGAAAGCCCGCCCUACGUGAAACAAACACUAUGCCACAAUGGGCUGGCUCUUGCUGGUACUAUUUAAGAUUUAUAGACCCAAGAAAUUCCAGUGCAUUGGUUGACAAGGAGAAAGAAAGGUAUUGGAGCCCUGUUGACGUGUAUGUUGGUGGUGCAGAACAUGCUGUUCUUCAUUUACUUUAUGCCCGGUUCUGGCACAAGGUUCUCUAUGAUAUCGGUGUAGUGUCGACAAAAGAGCCGUUUAAAUGUGUGAUAAAUCAGGGAAUCAUCCUUGGAGAAGUUCAAUAUAUUGCAUACAAAGAUCAGAAUGGCAACUUGAUAUCGGCAGACUUGAUUGAUGAAUUGACGGAGUGUAAUCAAGAAAGAAUACCAGAAGAGAAGGUCAUAAAAUCUGGGAAUUCAUUUGUAUUAAAAGAUGAUCCAAGUAUACGUCUGAUUGCCCGAGCUUACAAGAUGAGUAAGAGUCGGGGAAAUGUCAUAAAUCCAGAUGAUGUUGUUUUUGAGUACGGUGCAGAUUCCCUUCGCUUAUAUGAAAUGUUUAUGGGUCCAUUGAGAGACUCGAAACAAUGGAGUACCAGUGGCAUUGAAGGUGUUCAUCGUUUUCUGGCAAGAGUUUGGAGAUUGAUAACCGGUCCACCUUUACCCAACGGUACGUUUCAGGAUGGGACUGUAACUGUCAACGAGAAACCGUCAAUAGAACAGCAUCGUUGUCUCCAUCGCACCAUUGAAAAGGUAACCGAAGAAAUUGAAGGAACACGAUUCAACACAGGCAUUUCUGCAAUGAUGGAGUUCAUUAACGCUGCAUAUAAGGUCUCGUUUCCCUCUUCCUAUUUCACCAUUAACGCCUUCUCCCGAGUUUUUUAUAAAGUUUUUACUUCGCACUUUCAGUGGGACAAACUUCCAACCUCAAUAAUAGAACAGUUUGUUUUGCUGCUUUCACCAUAUGCACCUCACAUGUCUGAGGAGCUCUGGUCUCGCUUGGGACAUGCAAAAUCGCUUGCAUAUCAGCCUUUUCCUAAGGCUGAUCCCGCUUACUUAAAAGACACCACCGUCGUUCUCCCCGUCCAAAUCAACGGGAAGACGAGGGGAACCAUAGAGGUGGAAGAAGGAUGCACAGAAGAGGAUGCUUUUAGGUUAGCUUCAGUUGAUGCAAAACUGUCCAAGUUUCUUGAGGGGAUUACUGUGAGUAAAAGAAUAUAUGUCCCUGGGAAAAUCUUGAACGUUGUUGUGGAAGCCCCCAAGAAGGUCAAGGUGGCUCAACAAUAGUUGAUUUUAAAAAAGAUACAUUUAAAUCUCCAGGCCACUCAAUAGAUGUAUGUGCCUACAAUCCACCGAGGGAAUUAGUCACUGUGUUCGACGGUAGAAAUCCCGGAUUAGAUCCAAAAAAAAAAAACAUUAUCCUCUAAUCCCCCACUUGUCACUGUCUAAAUUGUAAAAUGUACCUUAAACGAUUUAAGUUUACCUUCCAUUUUGACUAAUCUUAAUGCAACCCCUGAGAUAAUUAAUGUUAAUGUGCG